UUUGAGAAUUCGGCAGUUUUUUGCAGUCCGUGGAAAGCCUUCAAGCAGCCAUGGGGAAGAACAAGAGGUUUAAGGACGGUGGCGAGAAGGGAGCCGCCGCCGGCGAUCACUGCCCUUCCAAGGUUUUUGUCAAGAACUUGCCGUACUCGUUCACUAACUCACAGCUAGAAGAAACAUUCAGUGAUGUUGGACCGGUCCGGCGGUGCUUCAUGGUUACGCAGAGGGGUUCAACUGAGCAUCGUGGUUACGGAUUCGUGCAGUUUGCUGUAGCAGAAGAUGCGAAUCAAGCAAUUCAGCAGAAGAAUGGGCUGUCUAUUGAAGGACGCAAAAUUACUGUUAAACAUGCAAUGCAUCGAGCUCCCCUUGAGCAGCGGCGGUCAAAAGAAAAUCAAGGUAUUGCAUCUAAGUCAAAAACUAACAAGGAAGGAGAUACUUCUGAAAGGGAAGAACAAACAACUAACGAGGAUGGAGAUACUUCUAAAAGGGAAGAACAAACAACUAACGAGGAUGGAGAUACUUCUGAAAAGGAAGAACAAACAACUAACGAGGAUGGAGAUAUUUCUAAAAGGGAAGAACAAACAACUUUAAAUUCUGAGGGGAGGAAAGAGAGACAUUUGAAUGCUCAGAAAUUGGCUCCACUUUCUAGUUAUCUAGAGGAUAAAGAGGGUUCUUCAGGAAAGCAAAGGAUUGCAAGGACUGUUGUAGUCGGUGGUCUUCUUAAUGCUGAUAUGGCUGAAGAUGUUCACCGCCAAGCUAAAGAAGUUGGUGCUGUAUGCUCUAUUGUUUAUCCUCUGCCCAGAAAAGAAGUUGAACAGCAUGGCCUUUUACGAGAUGGAUGCAAAAUGGAUGUUUCAGCUGUACUUUUUGCUAGUGUUAAGUCUGCACGUGCUGCUGUGACCAUAUUACAUCAGAAAGAGAUGCAAGGAGGUGUUGUGUGGGCCCGCCAACUGGGUGGGGAGGGGUCCAAAACUCAGAAAUGGAAACUUAUUGUUAGAAAUCUUCCAUUUCAGGCCAAAGAGAAAGAAAUAAAGGAUACCUUUUCAUCUGCAGGAUUUGUGUGGGAUGUGAUGGUGCCACAUAGUUCAGACACAGGAUUAUCGAAGGGUUUUGCGUUUGUCAAAUUUACAUGCAAGCAGGAUGCUGAAAAUGCUAUUAAAAAGUUCAAUGGUCAAAAAUUUGGUAAAAGGACAAUAGCUGUGGACUGGGCCAUUCCGAAGAAGAUAUAUAGUUCAGGUGCUAAUGCUCCAGUUGAUUCAGAUGAAGGGGAAGAGACUGAAAAAGACAGAGAAGGUAGCAUUAGUAGUGAUGAUUUGGAAGUUGAAAAUGCUGCUGUUCAUAACAAAUCUCAGCGCUCCGACAAAGAUGAAGGUUCUUCAGAGGAUUCGGAGAAAGAAGAUAUUUCCUCGGAGAUUGAUUUUGAAGGAGAAGCAGAAAUUUCAAGAAAAGUACUUGAAAAUCUAAUUGCAUCUUCGGCUAAAGAAGCUCUUCCUUCUCUCAUUGAUGGUAACCCACCAUCUAAAGUGAACAAGGAGCCAGUUCUCGAUUCAUCAAAGAAGUCAUCUGAUAUGUCUGAUAAAGUAUCAAAUGGGCCCGAAAAGUUAAGUGAAGGCAAAACAUCUAUUCUUAAGCCAGUAGAUGAAGAGGAUUUGAAGAGAACAGUUUAUAUAGGCAAUCUUCCAUUUGAUAUUAAUAAUGAAGAAGUGAAACAGCGGUUUUCUGGAUUCGGUGAAGUACUAUCCUUCGUACCAGUCCUUCAUCAAGUUACAAAACGUCCUAGAGGCACUGGUUUUCUCAAGUUUAAAACGGCUGAUGCUGCUACUGCUGCUGUUUCAUCUGCGAAUGUUGCAUCUGGUGUGGGAAUAUUUCUGAAAGGCAGGCAAUUGAAAGUAUUGAAUGCUCUAGAUAAGAAAUCAGCUAAUGAAAAGGAAUUGGAGAAGUCAAAAAAUGACAACCUUGACCACCGAAAUCUUAACCUUGCACAGGAAGGUAUUAUUCUCGAGGGAACUCCAGCUGCUGAGGGUGUUUCUGCUAGUGAUAUGAUGAAACGUCAAAGGCUAGAAAAGAAACGAAUGACUAAGCUUCAGUCUCCGAAUUUUCAUGUUUCAAGAACUAGGCUCGUUAUACACAAUUUACCAAAAUCAAUGAAAGAAAAGGAACUUCAAAAACUUUGCAUCGAAGCUGUUACCUCGCGAGCUACAAAGCAAAAACCUGUGAUUCGCCAGAUUAAAUUCUUGAAGGAUGUGAAGAAAGGAAAGGUCUUGACAAAAAAUUACUCUUGUGGAGUUGCUUUCGUCGAGUUUUCUGAGCAUCAGCACGCCCUUGUAGCCCUGCGAGUUCUCAACAACAAUCCAGAAACUUUUGGCCCUGUGAAUCGCCCGAUCGUAGAAUUCGCUGUAGACAACGUUCAGAUGUUGAAGCUACGGAAAGCAAAGUUACAAGCUUCGUAUCAGGACAAUACUGCCAACGUUCCCAAAGCACUGCAUCGUAAUGCUGAUACAAAUGCUGGGGAUAUACAUUCAAACAAGACGAACUCCAGAAAAAGGAAAGCAACAGGCGAUAAUCGUCCAGUAAAGGAGAAAAAUCGCAACGAAAACAAAAAUGGCGAUCAUGUAUCCAAUGAUAUGGCGAUGGAAGAAAGUAGAGCUAGAAAAAAGAGGAAAACGCGUCCAGAAAGUGGUAAUAUAAAUGAGUCACAGAAACAAAAACCAGAAGGACGAAGAUCAAUGCCUGAAAAAUUGAGCAAGAGAUCGGCACCCAUGGAUACUGUGAAAACAAAAGCUUCUCAGGAAGCUGAUGUACAACACAAAAAGAAGGCAAAACAUCAAGUAGAGCAGCAGCAGCAGAGGAAGAGGGCAAAGAAAAACAAGUUACCAGUAGGACAGGAUGCCGUUGAUAAACUCGAUAAACUUAUCGAACAAUAUCGAUCCAAGUUCUCGCAGAAGAGUUCGGAUCCAGCAGAUGGUGAAAAGAAAGGCUCUAAACAGGUUAGAAGAUGGUUCCAAUCAUAAACAGGUUAGAAAAUUUUGCAGGAUGGCUAAGGAUUGUUCCUUCGAUCAUUUAAUGUCACACACACUUAAUUGCUAUGAAAUAUGUAUGGAUAAAGCUUAAUUGCAUAGUAAGUGUAACAUAUAGUAUUUAUUAGUUCCAUAUUUUGUAUUGGAUUCUUAAAAAAACAUUGAUU